AUGCCUCUCGGGGAAAGAGAAGGAGAUACUAGCAAAUCGCGGUUUAUUGGUGUAGAGACGUAUUUCAACAAAUCCAUGACGGUUGUACUUGAUAACAAUAUCUUCCUUGAAAAAGGCUGUGAUUUCGUUGUUGCUCCUCUGAUGUCGCCUACUUAUCGCCCAAGCCUCAUGCAACAAUUUGGCUCAAUUUCUGUAGAGCUGCGUCUGCCAUUUACUAAGUCAGACUUGAACCCUUCUGCUAAAAUAUGGAAUACUAAAAACCACGCUGAAGGGAAAAUUAGCGAGUGGAUAGACUUGGAUUCCCCAGAUCAAACACUAAGGAAGGAUUCUGAAACUGUUCUCAAGCAAGAAAUAGAUAAGGCCGCUUAUCUCUCUUUACAGGCUUGCCUCCUCCCGACUCCAAAAAGAAACACCUGCGCUAAUUAUGCUAGAUGUGUGAACCAGUACUUACAGUUAAAGGGCCUAGAUCAGAUGCAGUUGUGGCUUAGGAUUCCAUUGGGGAAGCCAGAUGAUAACUCUAGUGCAAUCUUCAGAACUCCGGCUGAUUGUUGGAAAAUAUGGAAUUCGUUUCGACUGCUGUGUGAUCAUCAUAGUAACUUGUUGGUUACACUUGAUAAUUUGAAUGCCCUGCCUGCAGACAACUCACUAAAUAGUUGGUAUGGGGAGCCUGUUUCCGCCUUUAUAAUACACACAGAUUGCUUUUUUACUACUGGAGAUGAUGAAAAUGUAAAGCACCUCUCAAAGAAUCUUCAAAAGUCAAUUACUUAUUUCUUGGACCAUUCUACUCAGAUCAUUAUAUCCGAAGAUCGAGUCAAUUACAAAGAAAUGGAAGAAUAUUGUUUUGAUACUUGUUCUGUCGCAGGGACGGAUCAUCGGAUACAUCGUCUACACCCUUAUAUGGACUGUGUUAGAUCCCUAUAUCAACAACUGGAUCCUCUUUCUGAGAGAGAACGUUCACUGUUCGCUUUCAGGGAUGAUUUACAACCAACCGUACAACCUUUUAAGGAUACUUUGGAGUAUGUGGCCUAUCAGAAUUCAGAUGAUGAUGAGAAGAAAUUCACGAAGUACAAAAGAGCAAUUUGUCAAGCCUUGUUGGACAGGGUUCCUGAUGAAAAGGCAUCUGAGAUUACCACAGUAUUGGUUGUUAUUGGUGCAGGGCGUGGACCUCUUGUGCGGACAUUGUUAAAGGCUGCUGAAGUAACUGGGAGGAAGCUAAAAGUUUAUGCUGUGGAAAGGAAUCUAAAUGCACUCUCUUACCUUCAUAAAGAGUGCAACCUAAAUAAAUGGAAUGAUAUUGUUACCUUAGUCCAUGUCGAUGUGCGAUACUGGGCUGCCCCUGAAGCAGCUGACAUAUUGGUUAGUGACUUGCUAGGUUCUUUUGGUGACAACGAGCUGGCUCCUGAAAGCCUUGACGGAGCCCAGAGGUUUCUAAAAAAAGAUGGAAUUUCAAUACCGUCUUCGUAUACAAGUUUCCUCCAACCGGUGACAGCUUGGAAGUUACAUAGUGCAAUUAAAGCAAAAGAAGAUAUUUUACGCUUUGAAACUGCUUAUAUGGCGAAGAUGCACAAUGUUGCUCGCCUUGCACCAUCUCAACCUCUAUUUACCUUUACACAUCCAAAAAGCUCUAACAAAGAAAGCAACAAUCGCUAUAGGAAUUUGCAAUUUGUGAUACCUGAGUCAGCAGUGGUACAUGGAUUUGCUGGAUACUUUGAUGCAACUCUUUACAAGGAUGUGCAUCUUGGAACUGAACCCACUAAAGCUACGCCUGGUGUAAUCACUUGGGAUGAUCAUUACUUCCCAUUAAGGGAACCUAUUUGUGUGCAUCGUGGCUCUACCCUAGAAGUAAAUUUCUGGCGCUGUUGUGAUUAUACAAAGGUUUGGUAUGAGUGGUGCGUAACAUCUCCUUCUCCAUCUCUAGUUCACAACUGCAAUGCGCGCGCGGACUGUAUGUGGCUUAAUUGAAUUUACCUCAAUAAUUUGCAGUCUGCGAACAAGUUAGUGCAAUCCUUAGUGAAAUCAAAUGAUACUUCAAAAACUAGUCGUAGCCUCCUCACAGCUGACAAUAAACUGAUUCUUGGAACUAGUAUCGGUAUCAAUCCAUGUUUCUGAUCUUCAGAACUAGCAUAGCAUCUCAGUGGUUCUCUUUUCUUAUUGUCAAUAGUACAUUUCAUGAAAUCAUGCCGCAUAAUAAGAUGAUUUCUUUGUACGUUUAUCACUUUUCUAAUAAUGUAAAUAAAUAUGGAUUUCAAGAAGAAAAGUUGGUGAGUUUUCUUUUA